AUGAAAUGUAUACAGGAUGAAAUAGACAUGUUACACGCAAUAGUGUGCAAAACAAAAGACAAUAACGUUCACGAAAUAAAGAAGAACAACGUAAUAAUCAGACGAGCAAUCAAAGACAGAAUUCCAAAUAUCAAUGCAACAGGAUUUAGCAAUAACAAGAAUAUUUAUAAUCAUAUCAAUAACCUUAAUACAAUCAAUAAUUUUGGUCCUUUUUUUAGUCCCAUCAAAUUUAAUGGUAUUGGCGAACCAGUUACCAUACAAUUUACUUCAACAACAGGACAACAUUUCAAUAGAAAUACUCGUUUUUUUUCAACAACACCUACAAAAUUAACUUUUAGUAAUAAUGAUUUUUCUAAUUUACCCCCUUCAUAUCAACUUACUAGUUUAGAUGACGAUUUGUCCAAUUAUCCUUCGCUUGUCGUUGAUAAAGAUUUUGAUUUGGAAGAUGAGGUUAGCGAUAAUGGUGUGGUGGUUAAUCAAGAAGAAAAGGAAAAUUAUUCACCUUCCUCAAUAUUCGGCGAAGAUUUAAUUUCUUCUACAAGCAAAAAAUUAAAAAGACGUCAUGAUAAUAUUAAUGACGGUCAUGAUGGAACUAAAUCAACUUUUAAUUUUCUACAAGUGUCCAAUGUUUUGGAUUAUUAUCCUAUAUCCAAAGCACACCCUAAUGCAGCUUUUGAAAUACUUGAAUACGAGGCGGAUGAAAUGGCUGAUAUCAUGAAAAAAUAUGAGCCAACUAAUUAUAAAUCUAAAAUCCAAUCUAAAAAUACAUGGUGGAAUCCAGAAGGACGAUCUAACUUUGUUUUUGUUCGAAAAGUGUUUAACAUGGAUGACAGAGUUCAAUAUAACAACACGAUAUAUGACGAUGAUUCAAGUGAUGAUAAUCUUACAUUGACACCAGAUUCGGUACCUGAUGAUGAAAACAACACCUUUAGAAAUGUUGCUUGGCCAUUCCCAUCUACCACUACUACCACAACAACUCCUUCUACAAAUCAUUUCAAUGAUAAUAUAUUCACUAUUGAACAACAAAAGACAAUAAAAAUUCCUUUUACAAUAUGGGAAGAUCCUGAAGAAGAUAAUGAAUAA